GAUUAGAGAAAAGAGACGGAGCGGAAGAAGAAGAAGAAGAAGAAAGAAAGAAGAUGCUGGCAGUAAAGCUGGUCCGUUCUCUGGUGUUGGGAGAAACCAUCAACAACAACCCUGUCGUUGACGACUCCUCCGACUCCGACCAAAACGACGUCGUGGUGGCCACCAAACCCAAAACCCCACUGCUCCUCUUCCUCCCAACCAAAGAGCUCGUCACCGACACCUACAGACUCGCCACCAUCGCCCGCGACAUGGGCUUCGACCUCCACCCAACCCCUUCUCUCUCCCACAUCCUCCUCUCCCACCCUCCGUCUUCUUCGCCUUCUUCCUCGCCGUCGACCUCGUUUCCUUCCACGUGGUCAUCCACAUCUCUCUCUUCCUCUUCCUCUCUCCCGGAGGCCACCGUCCCCCUCCCUUUCCCUUCCCUCAUCGGAGCUCCGGUGCCGCAUCUCCGCGCCUUCGUCAAGCUCUCCCGGGGCCUCUUCAAGCUCGUCUUCGCGCCGGCGGAGCUCAUAGACAGUGAAUCGGCGAGUGUUGAGAGCUACUGGGACUGCUGCUCCGGGUCGCUGUUUUCGCGGCUCGCCGGAGAUAGGAUUGGCACUAUGGAGGGGUUUUCGAGGGCCCUGGCCGGAGCUGGGUGGAGUCUUUUCAAGACUAGGGAGAAUGGCGGUGGGAGAUCGGUGUAUUUGUUCAGGAAGGUUGAUGUAAACAGGGUUCGGGAUGGGGAGUGUAGGAUAAGGGAGCUGAGGUUGCCUGCAUUGGAUUUUCGGAAUGCUCCUUUGCGGAUUUUGCAGUACAUUCUUCUUAUGACUGAUGAUAUGUUCUAUCUCGCAUGAAACCGUAAAAAUCGCUCCUGACCUUCACACAUAAUGCUGCUCAAUUGCUGUAUUCUCAUGUGAUGGUCACGGGCAUGAGCUGGUUAGAAGAAAUGCCUUAUAAUAUUCGUAUCAGUAUAAUAAGGGGGUGUCUAGAAUUCAACCCAUAGUAUUGCUCUUUCCUUACUUUAUAGCAUUCCCAAUCUUCGUCAUUCUUGUAUAGCCAGCAGGUGUGAUUUCAAUUCCUGGUCUUUCAGAUGUAUU